UAUAUAUAUAUAUAUAUAUGUAUGUAUGUAUGUUUCUACCAUUGAUACCGUUCUUCUUGUCGCUCUUCAAAUCUCAUGUAUCAUUCAUUUCAUAUUACUCCCCAUGAUAUGAUGUGAUAUGAUGUGAUAUGAUAUAAAGAAACACAGCUCAUCAAGAGCAUGUCGAACAACUAAAUGCCUUAGCACAAAUUUUCUCAGCCUUUGUAUUCAUCGUAAUUUCCAUAAUUCCCAUCAUCAUCUGGUCAAACAUUCUCUUCACUCAGUCAUACCAUGCUACUAGUCCCAAUUCCCCUGGGAAGUGGUCGGAAUUAUGCCGUGUGGAUGUGCUGGAAAGGAAAAAAAAAACUUUCCUUGAAUUCGACUACUUUUAGUCUUGAGUGAGGAACAUGUUUCCGUUGUGAAUUGGCUUGCAUGGCUGGUCUUGAUAUACAUACCCCUGGAUGCAAUGUGCUGUACACAUCUCAGGCCAUAAUAAUGCCUCAAUGCCUCAGGGAGAAAAUCUUCCUCCAUAUGCAUGCUACUACUCUUUCCGCCUGCUUGUCUUGUAUCAGGAUCAAUCGUUUUCCUGCCGGCAAUGGAUGAGGUGGGGAAUAACGCAAUUGUUUUUGUUACAAUUCGCCUUCAGUCGUUUAACUUCCAUGUUUAAAAAGAAAUACGUAAAUGUGUAUCUUUCUGUGUCCAUGAGUGCAUACUGUGUAUAUCAUACUCGUGUCCGGGCCAAUCGCAGUCUCCCUCGAGCCAUUACCGCCGCAUCUUCCUCUCCUCUCCUCUCCUCUCCUCUCCUCUCCCGGCGUCGCGGGGCAACCAAAACAACAACAUCCCUCACUCCAAGAAAGCCCCCUAUCUCAUUCCCUUGCACCGUCCCCCCUACCUUUCGUUGCCUUUUCAUCUGCACUCUUCCGCUUCUUUUCACGCGUUCCCCCCUUCACGGGAGGGAAGCCGAGAUUCAUUCGUAUCUCACGCUAAGCGGGGUGGAUGUACAGCAGCACACGCUCUUUCUAACGGUCUCGGAAAGGUGCUAUGACGAGGCGAAUAUGAAUAUACCAACACGACACGGUUAUAAACUCUUCUGCACGUCUUUAACAGCGUCUCCAAUAUAAUAAAUUCGUGUCUGUCAAUUCGAUAAAUUUGGUAGCUAACAUUUGGUUAUCCACGUUUGUGUGUGUGUUCCGGUGACGCGUUGCUGUUCAGGAGAAGUUUCCCGCUCCACACUCCACGCUUUCUACUCAAACACCACCCAAUGUGAACGGUGUUGAAUGACCCAGGCUGAUGGACUGGCUAACUGUCUUGUUUACUAGCCAGGUACAAUUCCGCCAGGAUCCUCAUCGAGCCUACAUGCUAUGAAACUUCCUAUAGGGAAAUUCCUUCUCACUGAGUUCCCCCUUUUUACCCCGCUACACUCGAAUGAUGUACCACGACUCCACUAAGACUCGUUCCCGAUCUGAUCGGCCUCCUCUUCACGAAGCCAGCAACAGAGCCAAUAUUCUAAGAGGUGCAAAGGAGCAGUCGCAUGUGCCACCGAGUUCUCCCCCAGUACAUAAAUAUCCAAUGUCUAUCCAAUCCUCAGAAGCUCCCACCACGGACGACACGUUCCACUCAUCCCUCGCAGCAGCACCCCCCGCAACACCUCCGCCGACUGCAUGUGCUGCCGCUGCUGAGAACAAACGUGUGUCCAUGGUGGCAGAAUCACAGCCAAACUCCAACCGCAACUCCGCGAUAUCUACGACCUCUACCGCGUCCGGAAAAUCCAGACGCAAAACUCACAUUGGGCCAUGGCAGCUGGGAAGGACCCUGGGUAAGGGUGCUACAGGGCGUGUCCGUCUGGCGAAACACGCGCUCACGGGCCAGACGGCUGCGAUUAAGAUCGUCUCUAAGAAGUCGGCUGCAAUGGCGCAGAGUCAGAGUAUUGCCGCGAUGGACAAGAACAUGGAGCAUACAUCGUGCGUUCCUGGGGGAAGGGUGAUUCCAUGUGGGAUCGAACGAGAGGUGGUGAUAAUGAAGUUGAUCGAGCAUCCUAAUAUCAUCAACUUGUAUGAUGUGUGGGAAAAUCGUGGAGAACUAUAUCUUGUCCUCGAGUAUAUUGAAGGCGGAGAACUGUUUGACUAUGUUUCCGAAAGCGGCCCUCUACCUGAGAUAGAAGCCAUCCGCCUUUUCCGACAAAUCAUUGCCGCACUCUCGUAUUGUCAUCGUUUCAAUAUUUGCCACCGCGACCUUAAACCGGAAAAUAUUCUUCUUGAUUCCAACUGCAACAUCAAGCUGGCGGACUUCGGGAUGGCUGCUCUCCAACCCGCGGGCCAUUGGCUGAAUACCUCCUGUGGAAGCCCUCAUUAUGCCUCCCCGGAAAUCAUAUAUGGUCAUAGAUAUCACGGUGACAAGGCAGACAUUUGGAGCUGCGGAAUAAUUUUAUUUGCGAUGCUAACGGGGUAUCUUCCCUUUGAUGGGGGCGACCUGCCUAAUACACUCCGCCUUGUCAAGAAGGGAGAGUAUAUUUUCCCACCCUGGCUAAGCUCAGAAGCGAUGGAUUUGAUUCAGCGUAUAUUGCAAAAGCAGCCGCGGGACAGGAUCAGCAUCAGUGAAAUGUGGUCUCAUCCACUCCUAAAGAAGUAUGAGAAGCACCAUAUUAUAAUGGCUUCAGAAGGAGCUUCUUUGGGACCUCCCCCACCUUUAUCGGAGAAGGACUGUGGGAGAAAAAUCACCCGCCGCCAGGAUAUCGACGUGGAACUACUGAGGAGUCUCCAAACCCUUUGGCAUGGGGCUAGAGCAGAGGAACUUAUCAGCAGACUGCUGAGCGACGAGGUCAACCAUGAAAAAAUGUUUUACCAUGCCCUGGCAAAAUUUAGGGACGACCAACUUGAAAAUUAUGAAGGCCCUCUCGGGUGUUCUGCCAGUGACUACCACCACAUAUCAAGGGGCCAUUCCAAAACCCAGCAGCGAAUCCCAAGUAGCCGCCACGCCAGCCAAUCCUGGCGACGAUCCCAAUUGUCUAUUGCAACUGGUCGAUCUACUUUCAGAGAGACGUCCUACCCGGAACCUAAAUCUGCCCGAACAAUUGCCAGCUAUGACCCGUACAGAUCCUCUCGAACGCCUAUAUCCAAUCCUCAGGUGGAGUUUGCCAAUGUAACCAUCCACCGUCAUUCGUCCGGCUCUCAGAAGAGUAAAAGGGACGAUAGCUCAUCUCAGGCUUCCAAUUCCCCAAGUCAUUUCACUCUCAAAAGACAGCUUUCCAGGGAUCGCCACUCAUUUAUUCCCAGCUCGUCCAUCGGUCCCAAUAGGUGGAAUAGAAAAGGUUCAAUUUCCUCGUUCCAGUCCCGAAGCUCUAUCGCAAGCUCUCGCCGACGCGUCAAUGGCUUCAGCGGUUCACGUUCAACUAGCUACAAGAGAAAUGUCUGCUUUAGGCAUCCACGCAACCAACGCUCCAGCGGGAGACAUACUCCAAAACAGAAGGGCGUUGCGCGAACACAUUCACAGUAUUCUAUUUCUCCUAGAACGGAGAUGAAAGUCAAGCUUCCCUCUGAUCGAUUCAGCAGCCCCACACUCCCUACACCACCGCCUCCUGUCCGAUUGCGGCGAAUCACCGAUCAGGAAGCCGAUGCGAAGACUGCAGAACACCGUGUUUCUUGUCAAUACUGGAGAGAUGAAGCAAGGAAAGUAUCAACUGAACUUGGGAAAAUCUGUGAAGAAGCAUUCAAUCGAACCUCCGUCUCGUCCGGUUCACCCUCUGUCGAAACUACAAAACAGCCUCCUGAAUCUCCUCCAACUUCAAUUUCGGCUCCAGGGGAAAUUGGCAGUUCUGAAGAGCGAUAUAACAUGCGUCCACUCCCAGAGCCACCUGCGGAAUCAUCUAACUCUUACACAAUUCGCGAGUUGGCUGACACCCGCCGUAGACUUAUUGAACACUCCGUUCAGGCAACCUCUGACGAUCUUCCCCAAUAUCUUUCUGAGGUCAUUGCGCAUCUUGAUCGUCUAAUAGGAGAUGAACUUGUUCCUAGUAGUGAAAUGAUGGUCAAACCCUGCCCGGAGCCGCUUCCCCAAGCCCCAGAAUCAUUUCUACCAUCCAUCGCCGAGGGUGACAUAUUUCAUGACUGCACAGCGAUUAUAGAGGAUAUCCAACGCGAACCAAACGCCCUAGAAUCCAGAGCUUCAAAGAGAUGCAACUGGAAACCAGAAAGGACAAUUCGCAUGGUGCCACACGACUCCAGUAUUUCUGAAAUUGGCACGAUAAAGCCGUUGACAAUUCGAAAAAAAUCGGGUGCGUCCUCAACGCACAAGAAGAAUCACUCCGUGGACUCGUUCGGACAAUACAGAUCUGCUUCAAGCUCGACUGACGACGGGCCACCUGCCAGUGCUCUUCUUAGCAGACGCAGUAGCAACACACGCUAUUACACCGGACUAGAGCCAAUAGAAGAAAAUCCAAGAUCUCCAAAGGGUAACAAUGACGCCCGUAAUUCGGGGGAGUCAAGGAAGUGGUCAUGGUUCAAACACAAGACGCAGAGCCAGGAGCAAAUUCCACCUCCACUUCCAUCAAAGGAUACGGCGCCGUGCCUAACACCAGUUAAUGACGACAAUAAUCGUGAGCUAGGGAAGAGGAAGAGCUUCCAGGGGUUACUGGAACUUGGUAAGCGGAAGAGCUUUCAAGGGUUAUUAGAAGUGGACGAACAACCGAAAGUUAUCGAGGCGAGCCAGCUGCAGAAGAAAGGAGCAAAAGGCCGCUUCUGGCGGUUCGGGCGGAGGAAGGUACAGAAGCAGAAACCGGUGCAUGAGAUAGCCAAAGGAAUUAACGAUCCCAAUGAUGCAACAUCGAGUGUUCUCAGUGUGCCUGCGACUGUAACCGAGAGCGAGGCACCGAAGUCUCCUCUUCCCAGCAAGGCUGAUAAGCCUCUUAAGCGCAACGAUACCAAGAAGACGGAAAGUCGCCGUUCAGGGGGCCAAAAUUGGUUUGCGAGAUUUUUCCAUAUCAAACCUGCCUCGAAGACCCUAGCCUUUCAAGUCUCCAAACUCCGCGCGAGAAAGGAGGUGGUCAAGAUCCUACAUGAGUGGAAGAAAUAUGGAAUGGAAGACGUACAUUUCGACAGGGAGAGUAAUAUUGUGACCGGAAGGUUGCGGAGGUAAAUUUCCUUCGCCUCAGCCCCGUUGAAUUCUGCGGGGAAUUCUUCACCGUCCUCGAGCAGGGCAGACAUGCAAAUCUCAGCCUUCUGCAUCUGAGACAGGAGCGUGGAGCAGCAUCGUCCUUCCACAAAGUCGUUGAUACGCUGGAGAUCGUGCUGAAGAAGCGCGGCGUGUUGGUCGAGGAUUCAUACCGGGCUAAGAAGAUGGCUAAGAUUCUUGAUCUUGCUUGAUUUGGCCCUCUCUAUCUUUCUUUUCGAUUUUCUCACUUUUUGUUUUCUGGUGUCCCUUUUUUUUUCGUCUUUGUUUUGGCGUGGUUUUGCGCAAGGUGUGUGCUAUGCUGAGCUGGCCCGGAAUUCUCGGAGUUGUUGAGCUAUGUAACGUGUUUCUCUUCCCUCCGCAUUUAUCUUAUCUCGGAUUUAAAGCACUUUUUGUUCCCAUGUGUGGAUUUACUGUCUUACUUUUUUCGGAGAUGUUUUGCGGAAUUUGACGCAAAGCUCGGAUGGUCGUUUUCUGUCCUUUUUUUAUCCUGAUUUACUCCAUAAUCCGAUCUUGUAUCCUCGUUAUAUGCUCUUCCACUACCUUAUUAAUCCCUUCUUUCCGUCCUUCCAUCAAGAUUGGCUACCCCUAAUAAUUUUGUUUCCUUUUUUUCUUUUGUGUGUGUGUUUUGAGUGUUUUGAUCCAAGUUUGGACUGGGAUGAUGGAUUUUUGAUAGUUAACUACGUUAGUUAGCGAUUUGUCCUGGAUUACGUACGGCCUGGCUAUAAGUUAACUAGGCACUUCUACUCCCGCAUCAAAACAUAAUUCUGUUCUCUCCCCCAGAUCAGAUCGUGAACGAUGGCCUAGCCUGACCUUCUCCUUCAGGAGUCAACUGGUUUAUUAGCUGUUAUAUAUUUUUGUUGCCCUGCCUGCUUUUGGGGUUUGCGAAUUGGUGUAGCUAAGCGGGGGUGGGCUAACUUAUUUCUUUCCCUUAAUUUCGUUUUAACUACUACCGGGAGUACGGAUUAACAAAAA